AACAGAAACACUUUAAUGAAUGAAUAUGACUCGCUCUUUUAACAGUAUUUAAUCACAGCAUGUUAAUGGGCUGAAAGUGCUGACGUCAUAUUCUGAACAUCUUGCGUGUUAAAUGUAGGCUAGUAGUCAUGUACAGGACAGAGAGACACAUGUAUCCAGAGAAAGACGCUCUUUGGAGAUGAGCUUAUGUUAUUGACCGUAUUGACUGUGGGUGGGGCAACAGACAAGCGGCUGAUCGUUGUGAUCAGUGACUGACUGGCAUCGGGAUCUUCUUCUGAUUGAUCACGAUGGAAUCACUCAUUUGUCGGCUGCUGUUCUUCACGCUGAUCGCUCAUCAUGUAUCAUCCAGAGAUCAGCACACAGUGUUUCGGUCCCGGCAGCGUGCCAAUGUGCUACUGCUGCGCUCCAGAAGGGCCAAUGCAUUUCUGCUGGAGGAGAUCCUGCAGGGAAAUCUGGAGCGCGAGUGCUUUGAGGAGAGAUGCAAUAAAGAAGAGGCCAGAGAAUGCUUCGAGAACGACCAGAAGACAAAUGAGUUCUGGACCAAAUACUAUGAUGGAGAUCAGUGCCACUCCAACCCAUGUAAACACGGUGGCACAUGCAGGGAUGGGAUCGGUGGUUACACAUGCACAUGUGCGGAGAUGUACAGCGGCACCGACUGUCAAACUGGUGAAUGUGAUGAUUUAUACAAAUAAAUCCCAGUGUCCGUCAGCUGGGCCUUUAGCAUGUGAGCACUUCUGCAAACCGAUGACUGGUUCAUUCCGCUGCUUCUGUGCACGGGGAUAUACACUUAACAGUGACGGCAGGAGCUGCUCACCUCACGUUCAGAAUCCAUGUGGGACAACAGAGACGCCCAGCUUCUGUCCUGAUGGACACUGCUCAUGGGAGGUGAAGUUUGUGAACACCAGUGGUGAUGUCGUCUGUCACGGUGUGGUUCUAGGCCGUAAGUCUGUGCUGACGUCAGCCACGUGCAUGUCUGCACUGAAGGAUCCGCAUGUCACUCUCGUGGGACGUCACUCAACCGUGGCGCUGCGUGUCUCCAGCUGGACACCGCAUAAGCGGUACGUGUCCGGUGCGGAGGACGACCUGGCCUUCCUGGAGCUGAUGGAGCCCUUCCCACAGAACACGUCCGUCGUCCCACUCUGUCUGCCGGAGAGAGACUACAGCGAGAAUAUUCUGAUGAGGGCUGGACGAAAGGGUGUGGUCAUGGGCGGAGCCGGACACUCUUACCUCUCAUUGGAUGAUUGUCACGGCUCUCUCAACCUCACGUUCCUAAUGACCAAUAAGAUGUUCUGCAUGCAGAACUGGGAGUCUGACGUCUCCAUCAGGACCAAACUGAUGCCAUGUGACUUGAAGUCUGGGAGUCCCGUCGCAACGGUGGAGGGAAAGACGGCGUUCCUGACAGGCAUUUCUCUGUCCACUGGAGACUGUAAUCAUGGACUUGUGUUCACCAAACUGUCCCGAUACCUGCACUGGCUGCGACCGCUGCUGCAUGCAUCUGAGAAAGAACAACAACAACAACUAUGAUGAAACAACACCAGUAAACAAAAAACACGGGCUGUAUGAAGAAACAAAUGAGUGAAACUCUUGAACAUGCAUAAUAUUUCACCCAAAAAGUAUCGAAAUUAUAUUGAGCAAGAAACUCUUCCCCCUAACUUCUGAUUACCAUAAUGCAAAAUAAAAUAUAUGAAUAUACAUUUGAAAAUAUUUACAGCAGCUUCAUGUUCAGUGUCACUGUAAGUCAGUUUGAUUCCGGAAGAGUGAAACACUCAUGCUUUCACAACAUUGAUCUGUUUGAGUGACACGUCAUCUUCUGACUU